AUGUUUAUAAAAUUGUUUGUUACUCUCUGGGGAUUUAUUCUUAAUAUCAUUGAGAAUAUCAUUUCAUUAGUUAACUUCUUAGUAUUUUCUUUGAAUCUCUUUAUGAAUGUACUUAUUUAUAUCAAAUAUGAUAUCAGUCAUGUUAUGAAUUAUAUAGUACUUUAUAGAAAUAAUUUGAUUAACAUUAUGUACUUAAAUGGCUUGAGUUUAUUUGGUUCUAUAAUUACUAUUACUAGAUCAAUUAAAAACGAAUCUUUAGUUCCAAUUUAUCAGUUGAUUAAUACUUUCAUUGCUUUAGGAUCACUUUUCUUUGCUUAUAACUAUAAAUUUAUAAUUAACCUUGCUAAAUCUGAAAGAUUGUUGAGAAAGUCACAAGAAAGUUAUAUUAAAAAGAAUAAAGAAUCUAUUAAAUUGGUUAACAAACUUACCGAUGAGUAUAAUAAAGAGAAAAAUAAAGCAUCUGAUUUAGAGACUGUUAUUUCUACUCUUAAAAUUGAAUUAAUUGAUUCAGAACAUAAUAAGAGAGCCUACGCUAAGUUAAAAGAUAAAUAUGAGAGACUAUUAAAACAAUCCUAUAGAGAUAAGACUUUAAAUUAA